GAUUCAUGAAAUGAAAGUCGUCUGCAAAACAGUUGCGCUCUCCCUGUGAGGGCCGACUAAUAACAAAUGGCAGAUUUUCUGACGUUGAUAAUUGCGUACAUGGUUUUCUUCCUGUUGGCAAGCUAUGUCAUUUUAUUGGGAGACAGUGAAUAUCAUCGCCAUGGUAUUAUUGGAAAGAUUCGCCAAGCAACAGUACAGACAGCAGUGUUCAUACUUCGGAUCUGUCUGCCAAGUCAAGUGCAGCUUCGCCUGAGCAAUCUCAUCACACAUGUGUUUUUCACAAGGAACCACUACAUACAAGCUGUGUAUGUCAUCAUAUUGUCUGGAAUAUUUGUAGUAUUUUUGAGAGAAAUCUACCCCAGGGCUAAGGAAUACAAUCUGUCGACGAUCCAUGUUAUAUCUCCCUUCAUUGGCAUGGUGAUGAACGGCCUGAUUUUUGCAACCUGCUGCUGGAGUGACCCAGGUGUUAUCGAUAGGAAGAACUAUGAGGAAUGUAGCAAUGUGUUUACGUAUGAUGGCGUUAUGUAUCAAGAAGGGGUACGUUGCAGCACCUGUGAGUUUGUCAAACCUGCACGUUCAAAGCAUUGUGCAUAUUGUAACCACUGUGUCUACCGCUUUGAUCACCAUUGCUCGUGGAUAAACAACUGUAUUGGAGGCAGAAAUGUCCGCUACUUUCUCCUGCUUCUAUUCAGUAUAGCAACUCUAACUUCCCAAAUGUCCUACAUCUCGGGUUGUGUCUUGCGGGAAGUUGCAAGAGAAUCUGGAAUUUGGAAAGCUGGUUACUACGGGACGGACGGUCAGUUCCACCAGGUCACCUCACUAAUCGUUUUUCAGCAUCUGUUUAUGCAGCUACCGGCGGUAGUUUUCUUGAUGACGUCACUAAGUCUUCUGAGCAUCUUGAUCACCAUCUUUCUCUUCUAUCACCUCUACCUGCUGCUCACAAACCAAACGACCAAUGAGAGAUACAAGAGGUCAAGGGUUAUUGGUGACGUCAAGAUGUCAAGUUCUCAACGAUCGACUAAGAGGAGGAGCCGCCACAGAGGGGGCGGGGCUUCGUGGAAUUCUGUUGAUGUUAGCUAUAACAAAGGAUUAGUGCGGAACAUUUGGGAAGUUUUAUAUCCUCCAAUAUGAAGCCAAAUUGUAUACAGAGCAACACUAAGUACAGGGCUUAAAUCUUACACUGGACCACAAGCUAAUGGCCAUUAGUUUAAGUGUCAUGCCUGUAAAACGAUUGACUGGACAAGUUAUUGUGUUUUUCAAUUGAAUAAUAAAACCUCUCACUGUGUAAUAUUAUUUUAAACAAACAAAACCUAGUCAUUGUUCAUAUGUUAACUUUGAGUUUGAUAAACACCUUUCAAUUCUAUUUAAUAAUGAAGUAUGUAUACUCAUAAAGACAAAUGAGAUAAAUCUUCUUUUAUACUGUUUGUCAUGUGUGCUUGUUCAAAUCAAAGAGAAAAAGUUCCUUGCUCUAUAAAAGAAAAUAGGAGAAUGCAUGUUAAACUGUCCUGUUCUUGUAAGAGAGAAAUUCUGGGCAUGUAAACAUUUUGGACAACUAGUGCCUUCGUCUUGUGAAUUUUCCCCAAAAUUAUAAGUAAAGUGAUAAUAAACCUUUAUUUAUGCACAUCCACCACA